AUGGCUCAAGCACUACCGAGUUAUGCAAUGAGUGUUUUUCUUCUUCCAAAAGAAAUCAGUCGGAGCAUUGAAAGUAUGAUGGCAAGUUAUUGGUGGCAGACUAACAAGGAUAGUGGAAAGGGGAUUCAUUGGUUGUCAUGGGAUAAACUUUGCCAACAUAAGAAAGGGGUAGUAAUGGGAUUUCGGAAUCUGCUGGACUUUAAUUUGGCUAUGUUGGGAAAACAAGGGUGGAGGCUUCUUACAAGACCAAAUUCUUUGGUCACCCGAGUUUUAAAAGCAAGAUAUUUUCCUCAGGGAGACUUUCUAUCAGCCUCGAUAGGUUCCAACCCAAGCUUUGUUUGGAGGAGUAUAUGGGAAUCCCAAGACUUAGUAAGAAAAGGAGUUCGAUGGUGUAUUGGUUCAAGAAAUAACAUUCCAAUACUCCAAUCUCCUUGGUUGCCUGAUGAAAUCAAUCCUUUUGUCAUUUCGGAUCAUCCUGCUCUUUCAGUUGCUAAGGUAAGUAACCUCCUAACUCUUGAUGGCUCGAGGUGGGAUGAGGAGGUUCUUGAUGAUCUCUUUGUUGAUAGAGACAAACAUUUGAUCAUGUCCAUUCCUUUGAAUGACAACAACUUGGAAGAUCACUUUGUUUGGUCUAAAGAGACCUCGGGUUUUUAUACGGUCAAAAGUGCUUAUAAUUUACUCCAAAAACUUAAAGGUGGUUAG